UAACGGGCCAACAUCUGCUUGUCAUCCGUCGACUUGUCGGCAUCCGUUCCUCUCUGGUCCUCCGGUGCCACACUUGCGACCGAUGCGAGGUGUUAAAUACAUACAUACUCUAGAUUCUAGUUGCGCCGAGGAUACCACCACAAGGUGAAAGAAAAUCCGCCCCCGCCAAGCAAUGCACCGCAGCACCGGCUUCAGGGAUUGAUUGACACGAUGUAGUCGCGUAGGCCACACUCCACUCAGUCAGACUCAAUUUCUUUUCGGCCGGGACAAGGAAGCGUCCAUGGACCAUGAAUGGUGAGAGAGAUAGUCGUUUACCUGCCAUGCCGCCUCUUAACCCUACCACCUUCCGCCGCAUCGCCGGGAUCGAACGACGCUCUAAGUAGGUUCAGGCACUAUCCGGCAACAGCAACCCUGUUCGAAGCGUGAGAGUGAGAGUGCUACCAUCACGCACGUAUCCUCCCAUCAAUCAACCUAGCAAAUCGACAAAGCCGUCGAGCAGUAGGCUUGGCAGAUCCCACGGUGCCAGCAACGCCAGCAAUGCAACACAAUUGGCUUGUUCGUCGGUCCUUCCGGGGAGACCCAACACCAUCAUAUUGGCAUGCAUCAAGGCUCUUUGAUGAUGGGACGAGAGGGCAAACUCCUCCAUCUGCAAUACAUUGCCGGUAACUCGUCCUGGCUCGCCGACAACAGCACAGCACGAAAGGCUAAGCGUUUGCAACACAUAGCGCAAACCAGUUGCGAGCGUGUCGCAGUACGUCUCGUGCGACAGCCAUGCGUGCUGCUGGCCUUGCACAACCACCACCACCACCACCUUUUUGCCCGACGCAUCCUGCUUCAGGUCUUCCCAAACGGUCCACACCAAAGGCUUUCAAACGACAUCGCCGCAUGGCAUCGUCUAAGCGGCGCUCUGGCGACAAUAUAAGAGGGACGGAGCAAGUCCAUGACUCGGUCCGCUUCCCAGAGCAUACAACGAGCUCCGACCACUGUGGAUUCGGUGGCCUUGUGGACGCUUUUUGUGCGGCCUCUUCGCCUCAGACGAUCGGCAAGUAUGUCGCCUUCGGUGUCCUUGAACGGGGGGGCAUGACGGCGCAGCGGAGAGACAUCAUCACAAUGAAUGCUGCAACCCGCCAGCCACUACAGGUUGCGGUAAAGUCUUUUUUCUUUUCUUUUCUUUCUUCGAUGGGCUCCGACGAUGUUUUCGCCCACGACUCAACGCAGCGCAACUCAACCCAACCCGAAACGGUCUGGUCCGCUUGCUUUUGGGCCCGUCUCGAUGCCGGACUUGGGAAUUGGAAAUGGGGAUGAAUGGGAUCGAGAGUCAACAGCGAGGCUAACAACGCAGCAAAGCUGUGGCACAAGCUGAUUGAUGGCAGCUCGACUCGGCCAUGCGCAAGCCGCCCGAUGCUGCCCAAUGCUUUGGGAUUGACCGUCUCCGAUCUGUCGUUGGACCACGUUUAGGAAUGGCUGCGUGCGUCCAUGGUCCAGCAGAAGACGCAGGACACAGGGCAUCCGUCGGCAACCACUCAGUCUGUUUGAGCCCUCUCCAAGCAGACAGCUGUGACGAGUCGGACGUACACAAGCACACCCACACCACACAGAGCUCGUACAGUAUUCGUACAGAUCCAUGUUGCUGACUCUGUUGCCCUCGCUCUCGACGAGAAGGCCCCCCCCCCCCCCCCCCCCCCUUUUGCUGGGACAAUGUCCGAACCGUGCUUGUGUGCCCACCCGGGCCAUUCCCGAAGCGCGCCUGUCCUCCGUGCCCGGUCGUGGUCUCGUCUUCUCGACGGCCCUGCCCCAGUGUCUUGCCUAAGUAGGGCCUUGCCCACUUGCGAGCGCGCCAACGUUCCAGCAUCAACCGUUUCAAAUCACAUCACUGCGGUAUCUGGGCCGAGCUUGUGGCACCUCCUCUUUUACCCGUCUUUUCCGUGUCUUCUAGAAGGCCACGAGGCCCAACCUCCCCCUGGCGAAGAAGCCUCUCAGACUUCUUUACGCCGUUCUUGAGCCAGCCAGCAUCGGCGACUCCGCCAUUGUGGGCAGUGGUGGUGGUGAUGAUGAUGGUGCAUGGGUCGGUCGGUCGUCUCCAUCUUUUCGUUGCCGAGUGGCAUCUGCAUCAGGCUCUUCCCCCCCUUUUUCUUCUUUUCACUUCUUUCUUUCCGCCCUUCGAAGCCAUACGGGAUCCGUCGUCCGUAGUGUCACUGCUGAGGGUCGUCGCCAGCAAUGAGUAUGAGCGCCCCCUCGCUCUCAAAGCGACACGACAGAGGGUUCUUUUCUUGGCCCGAUCUUGGAUUCCGACAAAUCCCACCAAGAUAUUUACCUAGACAUAGUCGGUAUUUACAUGGAGCCAGGCCUUCGCGAGUCGAUACAAGCCAUGAUCACGUUUCUUCAGCCGCAUAGCUCGCUUGCUGACAUGCGUGUUUCACUAGGGGUGAUUGAACCCAUGGAUUUAGAACUAACGAGACGGCAACUCCCACUGUGGUGGUGUGUGCGGACGUCGGACGACAACACAAAUGGUAAGCAUUCCGCGCCGCAGCCGCUCUGCCCAAACGACCAAACCAUGCCUACAACACUACUCAUGCAUGAUGUCGCAGUUGUUGUUGUUAUCGCCCCUGGUACUACCAGAUUACAUGACAACUGCCACCAUUACCACUAUUUUGCGGGACGUGUAUUCCACUUGCCCGCCCCUCAUCAUGGAGCAGCCACUCUGAGUCCAGCACUGGGUUGCCACCACCUACCGAUGGCUUAUGGGUACAACUUUACAUGUAACCCCUGAAAGUCCAACAGUCCAACAAGAGCGCAGGGAGCAGAGACACAGAGUCAAGUUCUCAAUCCCCCAAGUGGGCGGUGCUUGCAGGCCUCCUGCUGCCCUUCGGUGCUCGUGGCCCCCCUGGUUUGCGCUACUCAAGCCGUGGCUCCAAUCAAAUAUUGUCAGGCGUCCGGUUUGGGCCAGUGGCCCCCGUCGCUCUACGUAGUUUGGGAAAUAAAGCGGAAUCCAGCGCCCAAGUGGACAAUGAAGAUCGGCAACACCAUUGCCUCUCUCCACAAAGUUCGACACCAAAGCGGCGUGGAAACUGGA